AUGAAAGCUGAGCAGCUCAAAGCGCAGGAGAUGCUGUCAGGAAGCAGUGCAUUCUGGGAGAUGCUCCUGACUGCUGAUCUGACUCACGAUCUGCACCUGGAUCCUGUUCUUUACCUUGUCUCUUUCCCAGCUGUGCUUCAGGUUUCAAUUUCACUCAAUAAAGUGGAACUGAGUGUCGGAGAGUCUAAAUUCUUCACAUGUACAGCCAUUGGUGAGCCGGUCAGCAUAAACUGGUUCAGUCCUCAAGGCGAGCGCAUCAUCUCAAACCAGAGAGUGAUCGUGCACACAGAGGGCGUGCGGUCCAGGCUAACCAUCUACAACGCCAUCAUCGAGGAUGCUGGGAUAUACCGAUGCCAGGCUGUGGACGCCAAAGGACAGAGCCAGGAGGCCACGGUGGUGCUGGAGAUUUACCAGAAGUUGACGUUCCGCGAGGUGAAGACGCCGCAGGAGUUUCGUCAGGCCGAGGACGCUGAGGUCAUCUGUGAUGUCAUCAGUUCACCUGUGCCAGCCGUGUCCUGGUUCUACAAGAACAGAGAAAUCACGUCCGAACCGAACAGCAGAUUUCAAGUGCUUCCCAGCAACAACCUGCAGAUCCUGAGAGUGAGCAAAGCUGACGAGGGCGUGUAUCGCUGUGAGGCGCGUGUAGAGGCCCGAGGAGAGAUCGAUUUCAGGGACAUUGUGGUGCUGGUGAACGUUCCUCCGGUUCUGUCAGUGCCGCAGCAGUCCUUCAACGCCACCGCCGACUACCAGGAGUCAGUGACGUUCACCUGCAUCACCUCCGGCUCCCCCGACCCUCAGGUGACCUGGUACUGGAAGGGUCACGUGAUCGAGCGAUCGGAGCAGUAUGUGUUGAACACUAUGGACGGAGGCAAAAGCACGCUGACCAUUAAAAACAUCCGUCAAGGUGACGGAGGGCCGUACACCUGCCGCUCCAGCAACAAGGCCGGGAGCACCGAGAGUCAGCUGUUCCUCAAAGUGUUCGUCCAGCCUCACAUCACUCAGCUGAGGAACGUCACAGCGGUGGAGGGAAGCGCUGCGAUGAUCUCCUGUACGGCUGAGGGAGAACCGCUGCCCGAGAUCUCAUGGAGGAGAGCCAGUGAUGGACAGACGUUCACAGAUGGAGAUAAGAGUCAGGAUGGCCGUGUGGAAGUGCGUGGACGACAUGGGAAAUCCAUGUUGACCAUCAGCGGCGUUCGACUCUCAGAUUGGGGUCGAUUCGACUGUGAAGCUCUCAGCAGGAUCGGAGGCCAUCAGAAGAGCAUGUUCUUGGAUAUUGAGUAUGCACCGAAGUUCCAGACUAAUCAGAGCAUCUUCUACUCAUGGGAGGGAAACCCAGUGAACAUCAGCUGCGACGUGAGGUCCAACCCUCCAGCAACGAUGCUGUGGAGACGAGACCGGUUUACCAUCUCUAGUCAAGGGACCAGCAACAUUCGCAUUCACACUGCAGAGGGACGAUCGCUUCUGGAGGUCACUCCGGUGUCCGACAGGGAUUUUGGACGCUACAACUGCACAGCCAGAAACAACAUCGGCGCUCGAUACCAGGAGUUUAUAUUAGCACAGGCAGAUGUCCCGUCGAACCCGUACUCCGUACGGCUCACCGCCGUCUCCCAGCGUCUCGCCACCGUCACCUUCAUGAAGCCCGACUCGCACGGAGGCGUCCCGAUCAGCUAUUACAUCAUCAACUACAAAGACACGAGCACGCAGGAUUGGAGGACAGUGAGAUCACAUGGAGUUCAGACCGCAGUAGUUCUGGCUAGCCUGGAGCCCAACACGACGUAUGAGGUGAGAGUGGCGGCCGUCAAUGGAAAGGGUCAGGGUGAAUUCAGCCACACAGAAACCUUCCAGACGUUACCCAUCCGCGAGCCGAGUCCUCCGACGGUUCACGGACAGAGAGGCGUCGGGAAGGCCUACAGACUGGGACUGAUCAAACAGGACGACGGUGGGAUGCCUAUCGUCGAGUACAUCGUGAAGUAUAAAACGGAUAAAGAGGAGCAGUGGAUGACGAAGCUGGUUCCCGGCAUGAAUGAUUUCGCUCUGCUGCAGCCGCUGCAGUGGAACACGCGCUACAACGUGGAGAUCACGGCACGCAACGUCAAGGGCCUGUCGGAGCCCACCUUCUUCCAGUUCCUCAUGCCGCAGAAACCCGACAUCACAGAUUCUCUGUUCAGCGGUCUGGGUCUCGGCGCUGUGGUGGGUCUCGGGGUGGCGGCUCUUCUUCUGCUGCUGGUGCUGGUGGACGUGUGCUGCUUCUUCCUCCGUCAGUGCGGUCUCCUCAUGUGCAUCACCCGCAAACUCUGCAGCAAGAAAACCACAACCAGCGGCAAGAGCAAAGAGCUGGAGGAGGGCAAAGCCGCCUACCUGGUUGAUGGCUCGAAGGAGCCCAUCGUGGGGAUGAGAAGUGAAGAAGAGAGAAUUGCUAACAAGGAGGACUGCAGUCCAGUGCACGAACCCAAUGAGACGACUCCUCUGACAGAGCCAGAGAAACUCCCGCUGAAGGAGGAGAACGGCAAGGAGGUGCUCAAGCCGGACUUGAUCGAGAUCAAGGUCCACACGGACAACAGCAUCCACACAAAACAGGACGACAGCAAAGCGUAAUGGAGACCGGAGGCAUUCCCGGCCCCAACAAACUGAGACCAAAACAGAAAUGAAAAAAAAUAUCACAAAAGAGAAAAGAAAAAAGAAGAAAAAAGAAAAGAAAUCUUCACUAAUGAAGGGCGUGUAAAUAUGUUCAAAUAUAAACAGAGUUUUUUUGUGAUAAAUCUACUGUUCUUUCUAUUCACGACGGCUCCAGCACUACUUUUCGGUUGAUGUGUCCGUCUUUGUGUUUUGGAGGAUCUCAGAAAUGAGCCCAUUGAAUUCCCAGGCCUUCUUCUACUGUCCAGGCAUGUCCAGUCCGAUUUCUGACCAGCGGGACGUCGUAUUGUGCCAUAAACACUGCAAAAAAUCAUGUUCUUCCUCAGUAUUUUUUGUGUUGUUUUUCAGCACAAAUAUCUAAUUAUUCUUAAAUCAAGAUACAUUUACUGGAGAAGCAAAAUGACUAAAAAUAUUAAGAUAUUAAAAUAGUAAUUGAUCAAAAUUGAGUUUAUGCUUAA